CCUGAUGUAAUUUAGCAAGCCGUGUUUGUCGCUAGCAUUGUGGUUAUUUCGCAGUGUUUGUCUCUAGCGGGAGCUCAGAGGAGACCUUUGUAAUUUACAAACAGCCCGUCUGCGGCUAGCAAGUUUUAAGUAACGUUAGCAGCGUCAGCUAACGUCCGAAAUCCCCCUGAACGCCAAACUGAAAGUAUUAUGAUUAACGACACUAUGGAGGCGUCGGUUAGCUGCCCCCACUGUAGUCUUUGACCAACUCCAGCAACACCGAUGUUGAGUUGAGACUGACCUCUAGUCAUUUUAUUUUGUUUACUCUAUUCAAGUUAUGCCCUUUAUCCUGACAGGUCGCAAACUGUUGAGUAGGCGUACAGUAAUGCUAACAGGAUCAGAUUAGUUUUCCGUUUGAAACUUUAACUCCACUUUAACACGUGGCUGAUCAUAGCAGCUAUUCUCGUUACAUAAUGUUUAUCUUAGAGGGAAGAAAGCUGUGGCAGGUGCCUUCCUGGUACAACAGCCCAGCUGCUCAACAGCUGUAGACCUAUACUAACUAAAGUCUUAAACCUCAGUAAAAAGAAAAAAACUCAAGUGUUUGUGUUGUGCGCCACAAAAAUGGACUCAGCACUCUUGUAUGUAACCAAGGGACCUUUCCUUCACAAAGCCCACUCCCAAAAAGAGGAACCUCUUAGAAUGAGAAGUAAAAUGGUGCGACACCAUGCUAGCCACAGUGACUGCUGUGGUUAGGUUUGCUCAAUACUAUGGCAGCAUUUCACCUACACCACUGGAGAACACAUCAGCAUUCUCAACGUGGCAACCUGAUACCGAAGCAAACAUCAGCAAGCCUCACAAAUGUCUACAAGUUCUGUACGAAGACAUCGGAGACUCCAGGGUGCGGUUCUGGGACAUCUUACUACUAGUGCCUAAUGUGGCAUUCUUUGUAUUCCUGAUGUGGAAGCUGCCCUCAGCCAGGGCAAAGAUCCGACUCACCUCCAGCCCCAUCUUCGUCACCUUUUACUUGCUGGUGUUUGUUGUAGCAGCGGUUGGAAUCACCCGGGCCGUUGUGUCCAUGACUGUCAGUGCGUCCAGUGCUGCCACCAUUAUAGACAAAGUGCUGUGGGAAAUCACCCGUUUCUUCUUGCUGGCCAUUGAGCUCAGCGUUAUCAUUUUGGGACUGGCUUUCGGUCACCUGGAGAGCAAGUCCAGUAUUAAGCGUGUGCUGGCUAUCACUGCUGUGCUGGCUCUGGGCUACUCCAUCACACAGGGCACACUAGAGAUCCUGUAUCCAGACAGUCACCUGUCCGCUGAGGACUUCAACAUCUACGGUCACGGAGGACGGCACUUCUGGCUGGCCAGCUCCAGCUUCUUCUUCCUGGUGUACUCUUUGAUUGUGAUCUUACCUAAAACUCCAGUGAGGGAGAGGAUAUCUCUUCCAUCUAAGAGGAGUUUCUAUGUGUAUGCUGCCAUCCUGUCUCUACUGAACCUCGUCCAGGGCCUGGGCAGUGCUCUGCUAUGUGCUGAAAUCAUAGAAGGACUCUGCUGCGUGGAUGUCACCACCUUCCUGUACUUCUCCGCCUUUGCGCCACUCAUUUAUGUCACAUUCCUCAAGGGCUUUUUUGGUUCAGAGCCCAAGAUCCUGUUCUCCUACAAGUCACAGGUGGAUGAGCCGGAUGAAAGUGACGUCCACCUUCCCCCAACCGUCGCUACAACCCUUGGCCGUAAGGAGAUGACUGACCAGGGCCUUUUUUACUCCUCCACCCAGAUCGAUGGCUCUGGGCCCGGUAGUUCUCGUAUGGUUGGAGCAUACCUGGAUGAUGUUGCUUCCGGACCCUAUGGGUCCAGCAGCAUUAACAGCAUUGAAGCGGACCGCUGGAGACCCAUAAAUGUAUGAUUCAUUGAAGAGGGGUAAUGGAAGAAGAGAGAUUGUUAUAUAGAUGGACUUAAAUGUUAUACGUGUGUAGUGUGUUAGGCAGGGUGGCGAUCAGAGGAGUUGGCCAAAAACAAACAAAAAAAAAAAGGCAGACAACAAAGUGGUUGGACACCAAGAAAGUGUCACCUUGUCUUGCUUUGAGGCCAGGAUAAGUUAACAAGUGGACACUUAAGGAGAGGCCUUUGCUAGCCAAUUAGCUGGAGAACUGUGAAUUUAGCAACUGCUUUUGUAACGCUGUUACCGGAGUGCACUGCUGCUGUAGCUCCACACUGGGAGUGCUGUCCCUGAUUGUGGCCCUGACAGACUUGGUUCUGUUCCACAGGCUCUUAAAUGUGGGAGCUUUCUGAUUUUUUUUUUUUUUUAUUUUUUUUUAAUCAUUUCUGCAUUCAUGC